AUGUCACCGCCUGCCAUCAUCGCGCCGUCGAUUCUGUCGGCAGACUUCGGAGCGCUGGGCAAGGCCUGUUCAGACACAAUCUCCCAGGGCGCCGACUGGCUCCAUGUCGACAUCAUGGACGGCCACUUUGUGCCCAACAUGACCUUUGGCGCGCCCGUUGUCACCAAGAUCCGUUCACACGUCGACCGACCGACCACCGCCCACGGCAAGGGAACAUUCGACUGUCACAUGAUGAUCGCCGAGCCCAAGCGAUGGGUGCGCGACUUCAAGCAGGCUGGCUGCGACCUGUACUGCUUCCACUACGAAGCCGCCGUCUCGUCAACCGCGGCAGACUCACCCAGUGGGAAAUCGGACCAGAAGACAUCUCCAAAAGAGCUGGUCAAGUUCAUACAUAGCGAGGGUAUGCAGGCUGGUAUCGCAAUCAAGCCGAGCACACCGGUCGAUGUGCUGUGGGAGAUAAUGGAGAACCCAAACAAGGACGAGGUUCCGGAUAUGAUAUUGAUCAUGACUGUAGAGCCCGGCUUCGGUGGCCAGUCAUUCAUGGCGUCCGAGCUCCCCAAAGUCACCGCGCUUCGACAAAAGUACCCAGAGCUACAGAUCGAGGUCGACGGAGGUCUAAGCGAGAAGACCAUUGACCAAGCUGCUGAUGCUGGCGCUAAUGUCAUAGUUGCUGGCAGUGCUGUUUUCGGCGCUUCGGACCCUGGAGACGUUAUCAAGAAGCUCAGGGAAGCGGUCGAUAGCAGGAGAGGAAAACUAUAG